AUGGCUGGCAUUGUUGUUGUCUUCGAUUUUGAUAAGACCAUUAUCGACGUCGAUAGCGAUAAUUGGGUUGUUGAUGGGUUGGGAGCUACAGAGUUGUUCAAUCAACUCCUCCCGACCAUGCCCUGGAACUCUCUCAUGGAUAGGAUGAUGGACGAGCUUCAUGCUCAAGGCAAGACUAUUGAAGAUGUUGUUGAGGUUCUGAAACGGAUUCCUAUUCAUCCCAGGAUUGUCCCAACCAUUAAAGCAGCCCGUGAUUUAGGGUGUGAUUUGAGGAUUGUUAGUGAUGCUAAUCUGUUCUUCAUUGAAACAAUCUUGGAGCAUCUUGGGAUCAGGGAUUGUUUCUCUGAGAUUAACACUAAUCCCGGCUUUGUAGAUGAAGAAGGGAAGCUCAGAAUUUCCCCUUACCAUGACUUCACCAUUUCUGCUCAUGGCUGCAAUCUCUGCCCUCCAAAUAUGUGCAAGGGUUUGAUUAUUGAGAGGAUCCAGGCUUCUCUGGCAAAGGAUGGCAGCAAUAAAAAGAUAAUCUAUCUUGGAGAUGGCAGUGGUGAUUACUGUCCAACCUUGAAGCUUGAGGAGAGAGAUCAUGUCAUGCCAAGGAAGAACUUCCCAGUUUGGGAUCUGAUUUGCCGGAAUCCGAUGCUCGUAAAGGCGGAGAUUCAUGGCUGGACUGAUGGUGAAGAUCUUGAGAAAAUUCUUCUACAACUUAUCAAUUCAAUUUCUGCUGAAGAAAGCAAUAACAACACUGCUCAAAUGAUUUCUGGAGAUUGCAAGAUACAAAUAAUAUCAGCUGCUGCUGCACAUGAAACCUUGCCACAAGCUCUCCCAGUUCCCCAAUAAUUACAGGAUAAUUUUCGUUUCAGGCUGAUGCAAUUAUGCUAGCAAUGGCGCACAAAAAUGUGUAGCAUUGCCCAUAAGAACGUAAAUUUUUAGUCUUGUGACUUCUUCUUCUUGUCAAUUCUGCCAGGAAAUACAAAUGGGUACUGAAGUUUAAAAGCUUUAUUUACCCCAAUU